AUGCACAAAAAUGCCACGCCCGCGGAUAUCGAGGCGCACCCGAAGUUCGCUUCGCUCCAGAGCCGCUUCGCCUCGCAGGACCCGGAGUGGGAAAUACUCCAGCGGCUCGGGCCGGCGCAGGCGGAGGAGGAGCAGCUCGCUGUUGAGCGCUUUGGAGCCUGGGACCCCAUGCCACUGCGACCGGCGUGCCCGGGAACAGAGAUCGCGCGCGCGCCGUUCUGCACCUCGCACGUCAAGGGCUUCGACAAGUCGCGCAACGGCCUCUUCCCCGUGAGGGCGGACUCGGCGCUCGGGCUCAUCUUUGUCAACGUCAACGGCGAGUCCCGCCUCUGGCUCUGCCAUGCGCCUCCGCUCUCCGAGUGGCUGGGCGACCUGCUGCCCUCGCUCUCGGAGUACGAGAGCAGCUUUGGCGUGGGCACGCCCGGGCUCGUCCCGUACAAGCGCAAGCAGUACGACGUGCCCGCCAACUGGAAGCUCCUGGUCGAGAACUACCUCGAGUACUACCACCUGCCGGCGGUCCACCCGGACUCUGCAACGAUCCCUCCCUUUCCGACGCUCCGGCCGCGCCACCAGCGCAUGGCGUACCACGCGACGUUCCUCUCGCACCGCGCCGCCUUCGACGCGCCAGGCGGCGAGGCGGUCCUUGAGGACAUGUUUCAGUUUUGGGACCUGAUCAACACGCAGGACAUCGACAUCGUCAAGAAUGAGACGCUGCACCGCUUCCAGAACAUGGUCAUCGACAAGAUGCUGGUCCACGAGCCGACGCGCUACCGCAUCCCCGACGGCGACGUCGACUACCACGACCUGCUCGCAGCACCCGACCCGCUGCUCCCUGCGGCCGCAUCCUCCGGCUAG